AUGCCGCCCAAGGCCACUCCCGACAAGAUGUUCAGCGCGGACGUUGUAGCCGCGAUCCUCUACAGCACAGGCAAGACGAGUCUUUCCAUGGAAAACUACAAGAUGAUGAGCGCCCUCGACGGCACCAAGACGGCCAACGCCUUCCAGCACGACCUCCGCUCCGUACUUGCGACAGCCAAGAAACUCAAGGAGCGCGUCGACAACGGCGAGAAGUUCGAGCCUGUCCAGCCUGGCGCCAAGCGCGGUCCCAGCUCUGCCCCGGCAACGCCCGCGAGCACCACCAAGAAGCGCAAGGGCAAUCCUGCUGCGAACGCAGACAUGCAGGAGUCGCCCUCCAAGGCCAAGAAGAGUAGGCUGGAUACGCCGACUGCAGACGCCACGCACGACUACCCGGACGAUGCGUACGACUUCAUCAAGAAGGAGAAGCUUUGGGAGAAUGGUUAUGUCUAG